AUGGGUUCCGUCCCCGACGCAAAUGCGCCCACCAUCAAGGUGUUCAUUGCCGGUGGCUCCUACUGUGGCUUGUCCGCUGCCGCGAACCUGCUCGACCUCGGCCAGGGUCUGUCCCCGCGCAUGGCCCAGGAGGCAUAUGUCCACCACGCCGACCUACCUCGCGUCAACUGGGACAUUACAAUUGCCGACGAGAGAGACGGCUUCUUCCACUUGAUCGGGUCGCCGUUGGCUCUUGCAGACUCGGACUAUGCAAAGAAGGCCUGGGUCAAGUUCCAUGACCUAGUCGGGCUGCAGGAUCCCCAGAUCAAGUUUGUCAACGGGGCCGUCACCAGCGUCGACUGCCAGGCCAAGAAGGCAACGACCGUUGACAACGCCACCAAGGAGGCUACCACCCACGAGUACGACUACUUCAUUGCCGCCACUGGCCUGAGGAGGGUGUGGCCUGUCGUUCCCCAGUCUCUCACCCGCAAGCAAUACCUUCUCGAGGUGGAGGAGCAUAUCCACGCCGUCACCAACGCCCAGCACGGCGUCGUGGUUGUUGGCGGUGGCGCCGUGGGCAUUGAGAUGGCUGCGGAGCUCAAGCUUGUCCAGCCCAAUGUCAAGGUUACCCUCGUCCAUUCGCGGGACAAGCUUCUGUCCUCUGAGGGUCUCUCAGACGAAUGCAAGGACAAGGCUCUCGACCUCGUUCGCGAGGCCAACGUGGAUGUCUUGAUGGGUCACCGCCUCAAGACCACCAACAAGGUCGAGACCCUGGACGGGUCGACGAAGUACGAGAUUGAGUUCACAAACGGACACAAGAUGUCUGCCAGCCAGGUCAUCAUGGCUGUCUCCAAGAGCGUCACGACCUCGUCAUACCUGCCGGCCACGGCCCUCGAUGAGGAGGGCUAUGUCAAGAUUGAGACCAGUCUGCGCUUCGAGCCUGGUACGCCCAACCACGAGUACCACUUCUGCUCCGGCGACCUGGCCAAGUUCACGGGCAUCAAGCGCUGCGGUGCGGCCAUGCACGGCGGUCACUACGUUGCCCAGAACAUCCACAAGAGCAUCCUGAAGGAGAGAUGCGGCCAGGAGCCCACCUUCAUGGAGUUCCGCCUGGAGAUUCCGCCCAUGAUCGGCCUCGCCGUCGGCAAGAAGGCGGUCGCAUCUGGGCCAGAGGGCACCGUCUUUGGCGAUGACGUGAUGCAGUCGUACUUUAGAGACGACCUGGGUUUUACGAUCUGCUGGGACUGGAUCGGCCUGAGUGGUCGCAAGCAGGAGAACCUGACGGCAUGA